CUCUCCUCCUCGCUGCCGCUGAUUAAACGCUUCUUUUUUUUUUUUUUUCGCAGGGCUUUCUCCUCCAUCACUUCCUUUCUCUUGAGCAAUGUGUUGUCAGGCAGAGGAGGUGUGAGGAGCCGGGCUCUUCACUCCUUCACGCUGCUCAGGAGGAGCCAUGGCGGAGCGGAGCCUGAGGAGGACCCAGCAGAGACCCAGGGAGGGAAGGACGUUUACCUGCCCGGAACCAGCUUCAACUCUUGACUGACUGAACACAAUGGUGACGGUCGGCUGCUAAAGUUUUACACACGUCUUCAGCUCUUGUCUCGGGUGGCAUGUUCAACUUUUCAUUCACUGACAUUUCCUGGAUGUCGCUGAGUUAGUUCUGCCUUUUCGUCCUGUCCUGUGGAGCGUCCGCCUUGGGGCGUAAAUCUGGCGCACUGUCCCGCAGUGGCUCAUAGAGCGCCUCUUUAAUAUUUCAAAGUCAGUGGUCGGGGUGGGUUUGGGGGGGCAGGGGGGGAGGUGGGGGUUAACAUGGGGGCAAAGCAGAGCAGCCCGACUGCUAACCCGGCUGCUAACGGACGGACCAGAGCCUACUCCGGGUCGGACCUGCCCUCCAGCACGGCCAGCAGCAACGGGGGUAAUGUGAGCAGGAGCACCGCCGGGGGUGUGAGGUACCAUGCGUACGGCGCGUCCGGAGCCUCCGGGGCCAGCACCAGCCAGCACCCUGGAGCGAGAGCCAGGUCUGCAGGGGGCUCCGGGACCAGACCUCAGUCCGGUAUUAACAUUCCGAACAGCAGCGGAGCCUACAGCUCCCCGGAGUCCGGCAGCAGCCCGGAGGAUGCGGGGGACCGGGAGCAGGGAUCAGGCGGAGGAGGAGGAGGAGGAGGAGGAGGGCACGAAGGUCCCCGGCUGAUGAUAGGAUCUUUACCAGCACACCUCUCGCCUCAUCUGUUCGGAGGCUUCAAGUGCCCCGUGUGCUCCAAGUUUGUGUCCUCAGAUGAGAUGGAUCUUCACCUGGUCUUGUGUUUAACCAAACCCAGAGUCACAUACAACGAGGACGUCCUGACUAAGGAUGCUGGAGAAUGUGCGAUCUGCCUGGAGGAUCUGGCACAGGGAGACACCAUCGCUCGCCUGCCAUGCCUCUGCAUCUACCACAAAGGCUGUAUCGAUGAGUGGUUUGAAGUCAACCGAUCAUGUCCAGAGCAUCCAUCAGAUUAAAGCUUUUUUUUGCACAGGUACUCUGGAAUGAGAGCGAUCUACAAUCUGAAGUGUGGAUCCACGAGACUGCUGGACACUGUGACCACUGUGAUCAGUUCAACCCAAUAAUGUAGUACCACAGUGUGCCAAAUCUCAUUUAAGCAAUCUUCAGGGAAACAGACUUUUUGUGUUUUUGUUUGAGUUGCACAUUCACGCUCAGUCUGAGACUGGAACGGACUGACCUCCGCCUCGCGGGACACGGUGAUGGGCGGGGGCCACUGGACAGCAGAUAUCAGCUGAUUGUACACGUGGGACACUGGAGGAGGUGGAUGUGGUCCUAGAGGUGGGGGGGGGGCAGGUGGAGGGGGGGGUGAUGUGUGGAUGACACCCUCCCCUCUCUGACUCUGCCCCAUGCCUCCUUCUCAGCAUCAGUGUCUACCAGUGCCUUGUUGUUGUUGUUGUUGUUGUUGUUAUUGCUGGUGUUGUUGUGACGCCCGGCCACAGCAGUGCAGGGGACAGAGGAGUCCAGACUGUCAGCAGAGCCAGCCGGUCCACUGAGCCGACCUAACAGGACCAUCAAACCACUACUGCCAUCCUACCAGAGCAGGAGAAACAAGCCAGAGACAGACUGCAGCACGAGGAUCCGUCUGCACCUGCAGCUCGGAACCUUUUUCAGAAACGAAGCUGCUGAAAUUAUGGUGCCAAUCAACUGUGAAAACUGUCACACACACACACACACACACACACACACACACACACACACACACACACACACACACACACACACACACACACACACACACACACUUCAUGAGUGCUUUUUAAUCAUAUUCCAAGGAAUAAUGGUCCUCAGGUACAAAAACCUGUCCCCAUUUGUUGAAAAGGAUCCCAUCAGAGUUUGGCUGCCUCCAUGAUAAACACAUAUUUGUUCAGUUUUUUUUUUUGUUAAAACAGGAACAUUUUCUUGAUUUAAUUAAAGGGGUAGUUCAGAUUUUUUUGAAGUGGGCUUGUAUGAGGUACUUGUUAAUAGUAAGUGUAAUAGCCACAGGAGAGCGCGGUCAGUAUAAACAUACUGAGUAAACAUACUGUGCAGGAUAGGUUGAGUCAUUAUGCAAUAAGAAAAAAAUUACCAGCUGAAAAAUAGUUUUGAGAACAAAUCUCCUUUCAACUUUUCGAGUUAAUUUGUGAAAGUUAGAAGAGCGUCAUUAAAGUACGGGCGUUCAGUACGUCAGGGAGGUUCAGGCAAAUGUGAGCUGAGUUUACAAACCUCUACCAGCAGGUAACUCACAACCUCCUCUUGUCCUUUCACAGAAGUGUUCUCCUCUCUCUCUUUUGGACCAGCUAAGUGGUCCCUCUGCAGAAUCUUUCCCUCUGUGUACUCAGAGUCCAUCAGAAUCUCCUCAUGUAUCCACGGUAACCAUCACGUCAUAGUCACGCUGUAAAAACAGGUGGAGGUGGGAGCAGGCCGUGCAUGAAUGAGGACGGCGGUGGUUAUGAGGAGGACACCGUCCGAUGGUGGCAAUACUUACAUCCUCAAUAGGCCUUUUCUGACCGCAGGAACUUCUUCACAGUUCCAGGAACUGUUGGAACCCUCCUCCUUUUUUACUGAUUCUGCACUGCAGGAACUAUGUACUAUUUUAUUUCCUAGAACCCCUGUUUAGAGUAGGUUUUAUGGCGGUGUGAAUGCAGACAGUAAAAAGUUCCCAUGGUGUGUUGCCACAGUAAAGUGUUAAAAACAGCCCAGCGCUCCCGUUUAAUAGAACAUCUUUGGUCCUGUGGUCGCAGCCUAUCACAAGCUUGUGUUAUUGAUGGGGGGGGGGGAACAUGAGCUUGGGCUUGCUUGUCUGGACUCCGGUUGAACAAUAUAGUUGAAUAGUCCCUCCUGCCCUAGUGGAGAGUUUCUCUUCAAAAAGUCCCCAGAACUGUUUGGUCAGGAAAACAGAUAAUGACUUCUUGGUUGGUUUUUCUGAAAACGAGCUGAAUUACGUGAUUACAAAUGGCCCAGUCUGCAUAUAGCCUAGCUUCCAUGCCUGCCCACAGGUCUGUCUCUUACUCAAGGAGCCGUGCUGACCAGCGUCUACAUCAUCUAACACAAAUGCCUCAUACAACCCAAACCCACUUAACCAAAUCCAAACUCUCCUCUUGAAAUAGUCUUCAUGUUGUAACAGGAUGUUUUUCAUGUUGGAGAUUCUCCUCAAAGCAUCAUCUUUUAAAGUUGAUUUUAAAGAGACACCUGAUAUUUGUGUGAUGACAUAUUGUUCUGAUAUAACUCAAAAAGGUGACAUGUUAUUAUAACAGUGUAACGUCGUGGGUGUUUAGCAAUAACAAGAAUUAUAUGAGAACAUGAAAAAUGUUAUUUUAUGACAUGAAAUGUUUUAAUGUCAAACAAGUGAGAUGAAAUGAGGAACUAUUCUUAGGUUUUUUUGUCCAUUUUGCUUCUUUUUUUUUUUAAAGCUGUUAAAUAGCUGCUGUUGUUUUUAUAAUGUCUGUCAUCAUUUGAAUAGACGAUGUAUUAAUUAUAGCAUUGAUCAUUCUUCAGUUGCUGCAGAGAUGAUGGAACUGGUUCCCACGUUGAGAAAAGAAAAAAUAGUCUUUGAAAUUCACACUUUUUGCUGUUUCUCUCUUCUUUUGUAAUGCAGAAAAGUAAAGACAUUUCAGCGGA